GGUAACAGUUGCAACGCAAAGAAAAGUAAAAAUGAGGGAGGGCACCAUUCCAUUUAGUUUAUCCCCCCGUGACAGAAUUAUAAAAAUAGGUAAGCUGGAUAAACUUGGACUCUAAGGAAUUGGGGCCAUCUAAAAACAUAUGACAUUGAAUGAAACAGAAAAUAUAAACCCGGAACAUUAUUUUACGUUAAACCUUCACUGCACAACAAGGUGUCAGGAGUACAAACUAGCAAAAGUGAAUGAAGCAUGACCUCGCCAUCUAUAGCCUCAUUAAGGUGGGGAGAAAUGAAGGUUGAGGGUAGUGACACUCUGUACAAGGACUGUAAAGUCUGGCCGGGAGGAAACCGAAUGUGGGACUGGAGAGAGACAGGAACUCAUCAUACACCUGGAAUUCAGCCAGCUGAUAUUAAUGAAAUUGUAAACAAAGGUGUUCAGACUCUUGUAAUUGGAAGGGGAAUGGAUGAAGCAUUGCAAGUGCCUGAAGAGACGCUGUCUUUCAUCAGAAGUAAAGGUAUUGUUGCUGUGGUUCUACAGACAGAGAAAGCCGUGCAUCAGUACAAUAAACUGGUGAAAGAGGGGGUUGCCGUCGGAGGAAUCUUCCAUUCAACCUGCUGAUGCAUCUGAGUCGGCAUCUUGUGGAUCACAGGAGAAUAGCUAGUUGUGUUCAGAUGCCCAGUUUUAGCAUUUUGUUAUUUUUUUUUAAUACCAGAAGCAAAGGCAAACUAACUCAACAUUUUGUUCUGUAAAGUAGAGUAGACUCUGGAAACCACUUAAACAUUCAGUAGCCCAUAAUUUCUGCUGAAAAGAUUAUUUGGACUGGUGUAAAGCAAUACUUCAUGAUAUUUCCUGUUAAUAAACAUUCCUUGCUGCAUCCGC